AUGCCACCCCGAGCUCGACCCGUAAACUCAGACGCUUUUCACGGCUCGUUCGAUCCCGGGGUCACUGGACGUCGAACCGGAGUAGCACCCCCCCUCAAAGUGAGAAGAACGUCGAACGGAAUCGAAAAUUUCUCAGAUUAUUUUAACUCUCCCAGGAAAGAUCCGAGCGUGUCGCCCAUCCAAUCCUCGAAAAAGCGCCCACAUGACGAGCAGAUACCCCAACGAGUCAGGAACGAUCGUCCUGAUAUGUUUCACGAAAUCGGCGAACGCGGAAGGAAAACGGGAAUUAGUCCACCCAAGAAUUCGGUGCGGGACGAAAAUGGAUUCGAAGACUUCGAAAACUAUCUAAUCAAAGCUACUGAACAAACCAACAAAGGAAUCGCAAGAGAGAGGAGGAAGAGCAUGCGAAGGAAAUCUAUUAACCAACCUCUCCACGCCCGGAAACUGUCUGUUGCCACGUUUGUAGACGAUGGAGAUGAUGACGAGGAAUUCUUGGAGGAAAGCAUGAGUCUUGAUACACCUGACGCCAGCGCCUUGUAUCAUCAAGAAUCACACUCCAUGCAAUCAGACUCCGGACCCUCAAAUCAAAUCCAUCCUGAUCAACGUAAAACUCGGUCGGGACUCUCAGACGCGAUAGACCAAUCAAUACGAACUCCUGACGGCUCUGACUUGAUUGACUUCGAUGUGGUUCCUGAGGGUCCAAUUCACUCAACCUCGCGUCACAAGUCGCAGGAUGAACAGCCGAUGACAGUACAAGAGGAUGAAGACCAAGAAGAUGAAGAAGAUGACGUGCAAAACUCGGGAGGGAUGCCGGCUAACGAAUACGAUGAUGACUCCGUUGCUAGCGAUGGAUUCGAUCCACCACCCCCUCCACCAGAGGAAUCAGUAGAAGAUCCCGACAUGGGCAAUCCUGCCGGAUUAGAGGAUAUCGUCGAGGCUGAGGAGGAAGAUGAUCAGGAUAUCUCGGCUGGGCCGAGUGGGCAUGCGGAUUCGUCUAAUGCCAAGCCGGCCGAGCCCCCGAAACCGCGGAAAAGGAACCCUAAUCCUCCUCCCCCAGCAGGAGUCCGCCGAGGAGAGCGACAUCGUUUUGCACGUCUAGCACACUGGAGAGGCGAACGAGUGGUCUACGGCCGAAGUGUGACGCCGGAUGGGACCCAAAAAGUCAUAGGCAUGGUCGACGUGGUCCGGGUGCCGACGGAGCCACCAGAGUCUUUCGCCGCAAGACGCUCCCGACGUGGAGCGGCCACGAAGAUCAAAUCAGAGAGCGUGGCGCCCCGAGACAUCUGUGAUCAUCUUCCGCCUGAGGAAAGCUGGGAUUCCGAAACCCUGCCUAAUGCCAUCGUCUACAGCGCCUCGAAGCAAAAAGACGUCGAACGCGUCGUCGCAUGUACGAAGAAAAUGGUCGCUAUCAACGUAGAUGACCAAGCUGGAAUGCCCAACGCGUUCCAGUUUCAAAGAGUCUUCAAGCAAUCAGAUUUUUCCGCCGGCGGAUUGAUGCUUAUCCCCCCGGGUGGUGGUAAACCACUCAAACCAUCCAAGGACAACUGUUAUUUUUUUACGGUUUUGGAAGGCGCGGUGUCGGUACAUAUACACCGAACUACAUUUGUUAUGGCUCCUCAGGGCGUAUUUUGCGUUCCUCCAGGAAACGUCUACUCGAUACGAAACAUCAGUGAGAGGACGGCUAAAUUAACAUUUUCUCAAUCUAGAAGAGUGACCGAUGCAGACUCAGAGGUUGAUUCGGACGAAAUAGACCCAGAACAUUCAAUUCUGCAAUCCGGACUGAACAAUCCAUCGACAUCCACCACCAUCCCUUCCAAAGCCCGCCAUCAUUCUCAGCCCGACCAGUCUCCCACGGAUCCCGCCGCCGACAAUCCGAAGACAAAGAAGAAGAAAGCUCCGCAGAAGGACACCAGUGCUACGAGCACUAAUCCUCCCGCUAGGAAAAAGAAAAAGACCUUGACUUUUCGUUGUUUCUUCUGA